AUGAAGUUCUUUGAUCUAGAUGAUGGCGAUGAAGACAGAGAAGAGCUUGCUGCAUGCCCGUUGUUCACCCAUGGUGUCCUCAAGUAUGGAACUUCUUUGGAAGAGAACCCUUUUACCCAAUAUGGCCUACUUGGCGGAGUGGUCGAGAACAACGGUGUGGCCCAUGGCAGCGUCGAUGAUGUUGCAAAAGACCAUCGGCUGUAUUUCAACGCAACGGCGCCAUCAAGCGUCUUCAUCUGCGGCAGCCAAGGCUCUGGAAAGAGCCAUACUCUGAGCUGUCUACUGGAGAACUGCCUCAUGCAGUCAGAAGCAAAUGUUCUGCCACGCCCACUGACUGGCAUAGUAUUUCACUACGAUCCCUGGGUGUCGGCUACUCGAGGCACGCCUUGUGAGGCAGCCUACCUGGCCUCCGCCAAAGAUGUCUCCGUGAGAGUUUUAUGCCCUCCCACCAACGUUCGACAAAUCGAGGAUAUUUACUCCAAACUGCCAAAUGUCAAAGUGGAAAUAUUGCGCAUCAACCAGUCCGACCUCAAUACAAAGCGCAUGAUGGACUUGAUGGCCGUAAGCUCUGUCCAAGGCAGCAUGCCAUUAUACUUGCACGUCGUGCAGCGCAUUCUACGAGACCUGCGGAUCGAGCAGCAACAAAACAACACCUCUUUCAACUAUCUUGAAUUCAAGAACCGUCUCAUGAGGGAGGAUCUGGCCACUGGUCAACUGGUGCCUCUCCAACAACGACUCGAAACGCUGGAAAGUUUCAUGGUGAAAGAGCAGGUAGUCAACGUGGCUGGCAAAGCUGUCAAGAAGAAUAUAGGAAAAGGAAUAGAUUGGAAGCCCAAGGCAGGUCAACUCACCAUCAUCGACCUCUCGUGCCCAUGCGUGACCGAAGAGACAGCUUGCUCGCUCUUCAACAUCUGUCUAAGCCUCUUCCUGGAGCAGAAUCCGGAAAUUGGUCGUGUUGUUGCUUUGGACGAAGCACACAAAUACAUGACGGAAACGGCAGAGUGUGAAGUGCUGACGCAGGCACUUCUUUCCAACAUUCGUUUACAGCGUCACUUGGGCCUCCGAGUCAUCAUUUCGACCCAAGAGCCUACUAUUUCACCCAAGUUGUUGGAUUUAUGCUCCGUCACGAUUGUGCACCGAUUCACCUCUCCUGACUGGUUACAAAGUCUCAAGAAGCACUUGGCCGGCGCGUCAAUCUCGCUUCUGAACAAGAAUCAGCAAACCAGCACCGGUCACUCCAAUGGCGAAGACAGCAAUAACGGCCUUGUUGCGGACCUGAAUCCCAACGAAUUCGCGAUGAAGCUAUUUAGCAAAAUCGUGGCUCUUCGACGUGGCCAGGCCCUUUUAUUCUGUCCAUCUGCAAUAAUUGACGUGCUCACAACGUCACUGAAGUCGGAAAACGGUCUGUCUACCAGUAAUGGAUGGGAUGAUGCCCAAGUCUCCGUGUUAGAAGAAGUCAGCCCACAGCUUAUCAAGCUGUCUCACGGCCAUAUGAAGAUCCGGGUGCGCAAGAGGAUGACGCAAGAUGGAGGAAGAAGCAUCAUGGCUGCCUAAAUUUGUUUGUCCAUCUGCGUGUUGCAUGGAGCAAAUGG